GUUUAUCGAAGGCGCUCCCUCCAAUUGUACGAAAAUCAAAGCAGUCCCUCACAGACUGACUACUUGUUAUCUCCAUUGGCAUGCUUAUGCCAGGUGCCGUCAAGAAACAUAUUUCAGUUGCCAAUAAAUAGUUUUUUUGUUUCUAAUUUUAUUUCUGUAUGGAGAGCUGUAGCGCCCCCCGCAGAUUCGAAGCGCAUGGAGAAUAGUUCGGAGGCCUGGCUUCUCUGAAGGAUUAAUCAAACUAUCAAGGGAACCCGAUUGAAGGUGAUUGAUGAAAACUUGGUGAGUCGAUAAUGUUUGUUUAUCUCUGUUCGAGACAUCUAUUACUAGGCAAACACAGGAGGACCAAUUUGUGUUUUCUUCUGAAAAAUGGUUUCUUUAUUGGCAAAUCAUUUGCUUCAGUCGGUUUAUCUGAAUCUAAUGAAAAACUAGAAGAAAAAAAGCAUUCUUUUGCGGUGUCUUACUUCAUAAACUAUUGUGGGUUGUCCACAAAAUCUGCUAUUCUAGCAUCCCAGAGGGUACGAUUUCAAACUCCGGAGAAACCAGACUCAGUGCUUAAUCUCCUCAAAGAGAAUGGGUUCACCAAUACCCAAAUCUCCCGGCUUGUCAGGAUAGAACCGCAGCUGCUUUUAUCUAAUCCUGAGAAGACCCUUUUGCCCAAGAUUGAGUUUUUCCGUUCUAUGGGGGCUUCAAGCUCCGACCGCUCUAGGAUCCUCUCUUCAAACCCUACUCUGUUAAGAAGGAGCUUGGAGAAACAUCUUAUACCCUGUUAUGAUUUCCUCAAGAGUGUACUUAUUCUUGACGAGAAAGUUGUUACCGUUUUCAAGCGCUCACCAUGGGUUGUUUGUAUACAUAAUAUGGUUCCCAAUAUAGCACUUUUGAGACAAGUUGGAGUGCCUCAAUCAACAAUCUCUUUCUUGGUAACUAAUUUUCCUUCUACAGCGUUUGUUAAGCAUACUAGGUUUGUUGAGGCUAUCCACGAGGUGAAGGAAAUGGGAUAUGAUCCCUCCAAAACGGUUUUCGUUCAUGCAAUCCAAGUGUUAUUGAGGAUGAGUGGACCAAAGUUGGAAUCGAAGUUGGAGCUUUAUAAGAGAUGGGGUUGGUCAAAAGACGUUGCUCUCUUAGCCUUUAAAAGGCAUCCAAAUUGUAUGCUUUUAUCAGACAAGAAGAUCACAAAAGCAAUGGACUUCUUUGUGAACAAAAUGGGGAGUUCAUUAACAGACAUUGCUAGAAAUCCUACAGUUCUAUUUUUCAGCUUGGAGAAGAGGAUUAUACCUAGAUGUUCAGUUAUUCAGAUUUUGAUAGCCAAGGGUUUGGUUAAGAAUGAUAUGUCCCUGUCGACUUUCAUACUACCUGGCGAGAGGUGCUUCCUGGAUAAGUUUGUGAUCAAAUUUCAAGAUCGUGUUCCUGAACUGCUGAAUGUGUAUAUGGAAAAGACGGAUCUUUUGGAUGUUAAAAUUCAGUCUUAGAAGGUAUGUGGGGUGGGAAACUUGUAAAAUCUUGACUUCAAAUUUGAUGCAUGUCAUAGUUGCCAGCUUUUGUGUUUCCAAUUUAGUAGGGUGUUGUCUGGCCUUAAAGAAAGUUAUUGGGUAUGCAUUUUGCACUAGUUGGAUAGGGAUGCGAUAUCUUAUGACAAAAACUCAGAGUAUUGUGCUGUGACAUAGUUUGUCGAUUCCAAAUGAAGUUCCCGACUGAUUUUUAUGGCAUAGAGCCUUUUUUUCUGAAGUGUCAUGGAGUAUCUUAGUUUAACCCCAGCAUGAUUGUAUUAUAAAAAUCUCUAUUUCUGAAGUCAUUGUUUGGUUAGUGAGGU